AUGGCUGACCGUGGAAACUGGCGAUUCCGAGGCGAAGGCCAUACCAGCAAGCGAGGCGGGUCGAAUAACUUCGGGACCCGUCAUCAAAGCGACAAAAUCUGCCGGCAAUUCCAGCGUGGAAAUUGCACUUACGGCUCUACUUGCAAGUUCUCUCACGACCUGACAAGAGCUAGCGGAUCUGAACCUAAUCCUACGACUGAUGAUUCGAGCACCCGGAAACGAUACUUUGACUGGAAAAAGAUCCUGAGAACGAAUUCCAUCGGUGUCAGAUCCCGGGGAGGACAAGAAGAGAUCCUUCGACUGUGGGAAGGAGCGGUUGAGAUACUUGAUAGUGGAAAUACAGGGGACCAGCAGCUCCUUGUCAGAGACCUCGUGGAUGAUGCCCUUGAUGGACACGGGUUCAUCCUGGCAACUAUUGAUACCACCGGCCAAGAUUGGAGUCGCCGUAUUCCUGUCUAUGUUGAGCCAUUUCUCAAAGUCAUUACCCAUCCUUCCCUCUUGGAUUGUCUCUCCGUUGAUUCAUUUGUUGGCACCAUGUACGCAACCUUCGGCGGCCCGAAUGGAGAUCGAGCAAUCGGGUUUUUGGAAAGCGUUUGUCGUUUCAUGAUAAACAGCUGUGAGCGAAAUGGCAAUGAUUGGACUCUUGUCACUCCAGAAAUGGUGAAGUUGUUGUUGAAUUCCCUGUAUCAGCUUCUGCGCAGGGUCCGACGGGCACACCUCCAUGAUGACCUCCCUUCACUUCUCGGGUCAUUGGACGAAUUGGUCCACAAAAUGACCGAAGUAUGCUCCAAGGCCGACCUCGAGGCGCUUGAAAACAGAAUAGAAGUCAUGCGAAAUGUGGUCGCAAGCGCACACCGCAGUCUUGUUCCAGCCAUAGUACCAGUACCCGAAGAGACCAUCCACAGGACCGGGGCUAGGCUAGCUCAAUCGACGUUUCCAAUGGAUAUGGAAAUCCCUGGUGGCAGACACGACAAUGACCUUGCAGAAAUCUCGCAGAUUCGGAUUCUUCCGACACAAGGAGAAAUUGUUAGUGACAACUCGGAAUAUCUACCAUCCACCAAUUUUUCUCAGCCGCACUUCAUCGCGGAUCCUAUGCUACGAUACGUGGACUCCACAUUCCGACUUCUGCGCCAUGACAUCUUCGGUUCUGUCAAAGAUGUGCUUCGAGAUCUACUGCAACAAGACUGUCCCAACCCCCACCUAUCGGACAAGGACACAAGGGCGCAUAUCUACACGGCAUCAAAUGUUCAGCAUGUCUUCGUUAAUGGAAAAAAUGAGCUUGAAGCGACAGUAUCCUUCUCUGCCCCGCCGCAACUGCGCAAAAAGUCUCCUGCAGAGCAAUGCAGAUGGUGGAAAGAUUCCAACCGACUGGAAGAAGGGAGUCUGGUGUGCUUCUUGACUUCUGAAGGAACCCAACAAAGGUUGCUCUUUCUGGAAGUGACGGCCAAGUGUUCCUCCCAAGAGAAAAACGACAAGGAAAAAAGCACCCUUGUCUCCGAUCGAUAUCCCCCUAGCAUCACAGUGAAGCUCGCCGUAUGUUUGCAGCAAGAACUGAAUCUCCUCAGCCAGAUCUACAGCAGGAAAAUCACAGGCACCCUGGUCGGCUUCCCCGGCCUCAUUCCUGCAACAUUUGCCCCGAUCCUGAGAAAUCUGCAGCGUGUUCAGCGCGAGGGGGAGUUGGCAUUCCAAAAAUGGAUUUUGCCAGGCCGGGACGGGGAUGAAAGAGGUAUCAAUAUACCUUCACCUGCAUACGCCCGAAAACCGGGAUUUGCAUUUCCAUUCCUUCCAAUCACCAAAGAUCGAACUCAAGAUAUCAAACUAGACCCCAUUUCCCCAGAUUCCCUUGACAUCAAAGAGCUGGAAGCUUUGACUGGUCUCGACAUUGGCCAGUGUCAGGGACUUGUUGCUGCCCUCACACGAGAAUAUGCCAUGAUUCAAGGCCCGCCGGGCACGGGAAAGUCCCAUGUUGGGGUCAAGAUUGUUCAGGUCCUUCUCGCUAUCAAAGCAAGCGCAAAUCUGGGUCCAAUUAUCGUGAUGUGUUACACCAAUCAUGCCUUGGACCAAUUCUUGAAGCAUAUUCUUGCUGUCGAUAUCCAGAAGGUCAUACGUAUUGGCAGCCGCAGUCAGGCUACCGAGCUCGAAGGCAAGAAUCUUCGUGAUGUUAGCAGCAACAUCAGCAAGACAAGAGUAGAGUCACAGACCCUCGGCAAAACUUACAGUGAGCUGGAGGAAUGCAUGAAAAUCGCCGGAUAUUCAAUGAAACCUCUACAUCAGUCUCGAAAGGGCCCAACCUGGAAAGGAAUGCAGAACUUUUUGCGCCUCAAGUGGCCCAUGAUACACAGACAGUUGAAUCCGAUAGAUGAGGAGGGAUUCGAAACGAUCAUUGACGAUCCUCUAUUAAACUGGCUGGAAGUCAAAUUGAUGAAUUGCUCGAAAACCGAGGAUCUGAAUGAGGCUGCUGAUGAGCUCUUCGAGAACCUGACACGAAUUGCCGAGCGAAAUAUCUAUGAUCUCUCAAAGUCAGAGCGCCAAAUUCUUGCAAUGAGCUGGUUUGAGCAAUGGUGUGAAAACGAGAGUACUUCACUAUUCGAAGCAGUCAAGAGCGCUGAGGAUUUGCGUGGAGAAAUACACGCCGUCCACGAAGAAAUCAACCGAAGAGCCCUGAUUCAAGCCGAUGUUGUAGGUAUCACGACAACAUCCCUCGCGCGAAACAUCGACACAUUACGCCGCAUAGGUGCAAAAGUCAUCAUUUGUGAGGAGGCAGCCGAGGUGAUGGAGGCCCAUAUCAUCUCCUCCCUCAUGCCGGGCGUGGAACACUUUAUCCAGAUUGGCGAUCAUCGACAGCUACGGCCUCAAAUUCAAAACUACUCGCUUAGCCUUGAGUCAUCAUCAGGAAAAGCCUGGCAGUUGGACCGCAGCCAAUUUGAGAGGCGUGCCGUCGGCGAGCCAGGCCUGAAUCCUGCGCCUGUUGCACGACUCAAUAUACAGCGAAGAAUGAGACCCGAGAUUUCGCAGCUCAUUAGAAGAGUCUAUCCAAAGCUGCAAGAUCACGAGAGCGUGAUAAAUCUACCUAACGUCGUUGGAAUGUGUGAGAACGUCUUCUGGUUAGAUCAUCAACACGAUGAAGACACACGAGGAGACAGUAUUCGUGUGAAGUCGCACAGCAAUCAGUGGGAGGUUGACAUAGCGACCGCUCUUGUGCGCCAUCUUGUCCGACAGGGAGAGUACAGCAGCAAGGAUAUUGCAUUGCUGACUCCCUAUACUGGUCAACUGCGAAAGCUUAGGGCAUCGCUCAGCAAAGAUUUCGAGAUCUGUCUCAGCGAGCGGGAUUUGGAGACCUUAGUAGCCGAAGGGCUCGGAGUGGAUACAGAUGAGUCUCCCCAAGCAGGAUCUCACAAAAUCAUCGAGAGGAAAACGCUUCUUCAGACGCUCCGCCUUGCUACCGUUGAUAACUUCCAAGGCGAAGAGGCAAAGGUGAUCGUCGUCUCCCUAGUUCAGAGCAACAUGAAAUGCCAAGUUGGCUUUCUACGUACCGAGAACCGUAUCAAUGUGCUUCUCAGUCGAGCACAGCACGGGAUGUACCUGAUCGGAAAUUCUGAGACCUACCUCAAUGUCCCGAUGUGGGCUGAAGUUCACGCUCAGCUCGCGCAAACGAACGCAGUCGGCACGGAACUAGCCCUAUGCUGCCCCCGCCACCCAGAAGUACCUAUCCUCUGUUCUGAGCCUCAAGAAUUUGAGAGAAAGAGCCCUGAAGGUGGGUGUAAUCUUCCAUGUACCCGUCGUCUGGAGCCAUGUGGCCACCAAUGCCAGGCAAAAUGCCAUUCAUCUUUUAUGCACAACGGUUUUGCAUGCUGCAAGCCUUGUCCUCGAAUUCGAGAGACCUGUGACCAUGUAUGCCCUAAGCUCUGUGGUAUAAAGUGUGGUCCCUGUAUGGUCAAAAUUCCCGAUAUGAUGCUUCCUUGUGGCCAUGCCCAGACGCUCAUGUGCCACCAGAUGCGCAACUUGGAAUCCAUUAAGUGCUAUGUCAAAACCGAAAAGACUGUUAAUAAGUGUGGCCAUGUUCUCCGACUCGCCUGCUUUGUUGAUGUCACGUCCGAGAUUUUCAGAUGCACUGAGCCAUGCACCAAGAUCCUGGGAUGUGGUCACAACUGUGGAGGUGUCUGUGGGGGGUGCUUAGAGAGAGGCGAAAACGGCGAAGUGUCGUUUGAUCAUCCAAAAUAUGCCUCAAGGUAUGCCAUAUUGGUGAAAAGUGUGGGAAUUGUGAAGCCAAGUGCGAGGUUCGGUGCUCACACUCAGCCUGUGACUCCCCCUGCGGAAAGGCAUGUGCACCGUGCAUCGAGAGAUGCACUUGGGUCUGUCCUCAUCAAGGAUCCUGUUCAAUGCCUUGUGCAGCACCAUGCGAUCGACUUCCGUGUGAUGAGCGCUGCACCGAAAUUCUCGACUGCGGUCAUCAGUGCCCGAGCCUUUGCGGAGAGGACUGCCCAAGUGGUCUAUGCCAAGAAUGCGGCGACAAGCCAGACGCGCGUGUUGAUUUUCUUGAAUGGAAAUCUUAUUCUGAAAUCAACCUCGAUGAGACUCCAAUUGUCGUGCUCGGAUGAUGUCUACACAAGAGAUGGAUCUGGCAAGUUCGACGGCCUCUGGGAUAUCUCUGCUGCUCUUGCUAGCACCAUACCAUCGUGUCCUGAUUGCAAACAGCCCAUUCGUCAGUUCGUAACAAAGCGAUACAAUCGUGUCAUCAAUCGAGCUGCUAUGGACGAAACAUGCAAGCGGUUCUUGACCAAAGGACGCAUGGACCUUGAAGCCCUUGAUUCUCGUUUGAAUUCCCUCGCAGACGCGCUUGUUGCUAAAGAUGCGAAGGUGAGCCCGAGCUGCCUUACCAAAGGACAGAUCGGCGCAAGAUAUUAUGCCUUUUACAAAGUUGCAAAGGAAGCUGUGGUCCUCAGUAAAACGAUGGAUACAGAGCAUCAACCGACGAAGCUGCUCAAGGAUGCUAUUGCUUUGGGCCAGAAAUCAGAAGACGAAUCUGUCUCUAUUUCCAGUCAACUUGAAAGACUGAGAAUAUCCACACCAACACCUGACAACCAGAUAACUCUUGGGGCACGAUUAAUCUCUAUCAAUGCCCGAGAAUUCGUUCUUCACGAUAUGUCCAGACUUUUGAAUUCGAAGGCAAAGAUUGAGGAGGCAUUUUUGAUUGUUCAGCUCAACCAGAUCACCAUACCGUUUCUGAAGGACUGCCAGAACUUGAUCAUUCAAGCCAAGGGCGCGAGCCUCUUCCGUAUUGUCAUCACGGCAACCCUCGCAUUUGCUAAGAUAUCCGAACUGUUCGGAUGGUGCCGUCGCACUCACCCAGUACCCGGAAAGGAAAAACCCGAUGAAAAAGUACGGGAGGGCACCGGGUUAGAAUCUCAUGAGAACCGCAGGAAUACGGCACGUGAGUUCCUUGCCGAUGCUUUGCAUCUAUGCGAUCAGUUGGGUAAUUGUGAGGAGCUUCGAGAGAAAGUCCUGGAGAUGAUUCGCCUAUUCGAAGGCGCUCAAUACGAAGAGGUCACGCCAGAGGAACUUGCAUCCAUCAAGAUUGCCAUGGUUGGCGGGCGAGGAGGCCUGGCGACGAACUCUGGGCACUGGUACAAUUGUAUCAACGGACAUCCUUUUGCCAUCGGCGAAUGUGGUAUGCCGAUGGAGCUAGCGAAAUGUCCUGAAUGUGGAGCGCCGAUUGGAGGACAACAUCACCAAGCUGUUGACGGUGUUUCUCGAGCGGAGCAGAUGGAGUAG